GGACGGUUUCCGGGUUUCCCUUCCUGGGCUGGGACAGCGGCAAGAGGCAAAAAAAAAAAAAAAAGGCUCCUGUUGAUUAACAAUAUUACAAAGUUACGCUCAGGCUCGUCAGACAUCCAGUGACCAGCAGCAAUGUCUCAAUCUGGAGAGAAAGGGAAGUUCCCAGAUGCAACAGGUUAUGUCGGGUUUGCCAACCUCCCAAACCAAGUGCACAGAAAAUCAGUGAAAAAAGGGUUUGAAUUUACCCUAAUGGUUGUAGGGGAGUCUGGUUUGGGCAAAUCGACACUUAUAAACAGCCUGUUUCUCACUGACCUCUACCCCGAGCGCUACAUCCCUGGUGCUGCAGAGAAAAUUGAGAGGACGGUGCAGAUUGAGGCAUCGACUGUGGAGAUCGAGGAGAGAGGAGUGAAGCUUCGCCUCACCGUGGUUGACACCCCUGGAUACGGCGACGCCAUCAACAGCCAGGACUGCUUCAAGACCAUCAUCCAGUACAUUGACAAUCAGUUUGAGCGAUACCUCCACGAUGAGAGCGGGCUGAACCGAAGGCACAUAGUGGACAACAGGGUGCACUGCUGCUUUUAUUUCAUAUCACCAUUCGGACACGGUCUAAAGCCUCUGGAUGUUGAAUUCAUGAAGGCCAUCCACAGCAAAGUCAACAUAGUCCCUGUUAUAGCCAAGGCUGACACACUGACACUGAGGGAGAGGGAUCGCCUGAAGAGGAGGAUCCUGGAUGAAAUUGCGGAGCACGGGAUCAAAAUUUAUCAGCUACCUGACGCCGACUCUGACGAGGACGAGGAGUUCAAGGAACAGACCAGAGUCCUGAAGGCGAGCAUCCCUUUUGCUGUGAUUGGCUCCAACCAGCUGAUUGAGGUGAAGGGGAAGAAGAUCCGUGGUCGUCUCUACCCCUGGGGAGUUGUCGAAGUGGAGAACCCCGAGCACAAUGACUUCCUCAAACUACGCACCAUGCUUGUGACCCACAUGCAAGACCUCCAGGAGGUGACUCAGGAUCUGCAUUAUGAGAACUUCCGCUCUGAAAGACUGAAGAGAGAGGGCAGGGCUGUGGAUGAGGAAGAGAUGGAUAAGGACCAGAUCCUGUUACAGAAAGAGGCCGAGCUGAGACGCAUGCAGGAGAUGAUCGCUCAGAUGCAGGCACAGAUGAAGAUGAAAUCGGACGAGUGAAAGAGUCGUAGCAGAAGGGAAGCAUGGUGAUCCCAACCGCCCCCCAACACACACACACGCACACACACACACACACACACACACUAGCCCUCCUCUGAAUCCAUCCCUGCCACCUGGCAGAUGCACCAGGAGUCCAGGUAUUCAGGAUGACAUCAUCCUCAUCUGCACACCUCCACUUCUUCUUCCUCCCUCCAAACAUCCAUCCAUCAGCUGUUCAGGAGCUCACCACUGAUGUUUUAUCUUUUUUUAUUAUUAUUCUUCAACAUCUUGUCAAGACUUCUUACAAUCCACGUGUAAAUCCUCGCCGAUUGUCCUGUUUCGUGUGUACGAGUUUUCUGAGUGAGAUUGGGCAACAUUUUAAAAAGCAGGAAAAUGUUUAAAUACUGGAUAAUUAUCAUGGACAUAUCCGUUAUUCUCUCUUUGAUCUUAAUAAUGGUCCACAGAGCUGCCAGGGACAACGGUACUAAGAUGUUUUGCCAUCACACUAAUGUUUACAAAGAUAUUUGCUUCAGAUGGCACCACUUUCCAUUUAUUUUGCUAAAAGAAACUGUGCUUCUCGUGUUUUCUGUCUCAUCACCUUUACCUCUGCACGGUUUCAGACCUUUUAGUGCUUCAGUCUGAUGAUGCAAUAACAUAUAAAUAUCACCACAGUGAAAGAUACGUGAGGUUAUUUGUCCUUAAUUGUGUUAAACUAGAAACCUUAAUGUGUAGCCAACACUACAAACUUAAUUCUAGGUGUUUGUUUGUGAAAAGCUACUAUAUGCAAGUAGUCGAACUAAUAGCACUUGGUUAUAAAGAGAAACAACCUUUUAGGAUUACAGUUGAAUAAAAGUGCCAUGUUGUUAAUAUUUUUAUAUUUCUCAUCAAGAGCUGCACAAUCUUAAUGUCAGUGCCAAACUACAGACUGAAAACUAAUCAAUAUAUUCAGUCCGGUGACUUAAUAAGUGUCCAUGUAAUGUGUAAACUUAUCUGUCGGUACACUACAUGUGUAGUCUUUCAUCAUACUGUAUUCGGGGUUCCUCAUUUAAAAAUCAAAUACUAUAAUAUUUAAUUGUUAUUUGUUCAAACUCCCGCCGGCCUUCUGUGAGCAGCAGACUAAACUUUUAAUUUUCUUUCACUACUCUUCUUUUAAAUGUGCUGUCAUUCAUGUGGCAUUAUUUUGUAUCUCUGUCUUUUGCUCCCAUAUGCAAAUGUGUCUGUUGAACUUAUCAAGACAAACCUUAUUAUUAUUUCUUAACCAUAAGUCAGUAAAGACUUGUUUUUAGUCAACAUUGUUUUUGUUGUAUUUCUCUCUGAAAUAAAAUUUGUUUAGAGAAA